CAUCAUUUCCCCCCCUUCUUCUGCUAAUUUAUCAUUUCUACAACUAGACAAAUUGUAUAGUUGUAGCUAAAACUGACGUUAGCAAAAUCUAUUUUUGUAUAUUAUCACUGAUUUAUAUGAAUCAAGAAUAUGGUUGUUAGAGCCACUACUUUGCCCUUCACUAAAUAAAACAUACAGAGUUCCUUCAAUAUUUCCAUUCUAUCACACAAGCCCAACAUUUAAUUUUUCUGCAACCUGCAGCUAACUUAAUUGUAUCAAUGGAGAAUUUGGAUUGGAAUGAAACUCCAGACAAUUUUGGAGCUUCAUUUGAUCCAAUACACGUAAUUUCAAAUUGGAAUAUGCCACAACGCCAAGAAGCUGCUAUGAGAUUGGCUGCUGAUUCAAUGGCUGCUAAAUCCGGAGCAGAUCCAACCCGGAAUUGUACUGAAAUGGGGUUUUCUUCUUCACCAAUGCUACUCAAUAUUCCAAAUUACAUCACUGAUAAUAAUAAUAAUAAUCAUCCAAUGUGCCUAAUGGAUGAUUUUGGUGUCCAAGUGGUUAAGCCUGGAACUGGGUUACUAUCCAACACUGUAUCUCUAGAAUCCAUUGAUUGUUUACUAUCAGCAACUACCACCAACAAUACGGACACGUCAGUUGAAGACGAUGGCAUGUCCGUAAUUUUUGGUGAUUCGAAUAGCUUGUGGAAUUCUGGGGAGUGUUCAGACAUAAAUGCUACUAAGCUGUCGCCAGGUUAUGAACAGCUUUUGACCUGUCUGCCUACUACUACUGAUAACAAAAUAGUGGUAGAAGAAGAAAAUAAAAGAAAACGGAAACAUAAUGAGCUUGAUGAGGUGGUCUCAAAAUCAUCUCUGGGGAAUUCUCCGAACGAGUUCAAUCUAUUCCAGUCAAAUUCGUUGACUGGAGGAGGUUGCAGAAAUAAUUUUCGUCUAAUUUCGGGUAAGCAGUCCAAGUGUAAGAAGCCAAGGACAACAGAAAGUAAUAUUACUAACAAUAACAAUAAGCGUCCGACUUCAUCAAACAUUAAUUUCCAACAAGCUACCUCAUCAGCAUCCUCAAUAGAUCAAGAGCCUGACCCAGAGGCGAUCGCGCAGAUGAAGGAGAUGAUAUACCGUGCAGCAGCAUUCAGGCCAGUGGACUUCGGUACUGAAGUACUCGAAAAGCCUAAAAGGAAGAACGUAAGAAUAUCAACGGAUCCACAGACAGUAGCGGCGAGGCAAAGGAGAGAAAGAAUAAGUGAAAGGAUUAGGGUUUUGCAAAGGCUAGUACCAGGAGGAAGCAAAAUGGAUACAGCAUCAAUGCUUGAUGAAGCAGCAAAUUAUUUGAAGUUCUUGAGGUCACAAGUGAAAGCAUUGGAAGCAAUAGGCCAAAAACAAGACCCUUUUGCUUCAUUAGUACCAUUUAAUUACCCAAUUCCCAUGCAAUUACCACAUUAUCCAUUACUACAAAACCCUAAUCCAAUUCAUCGACCAAAGAGUUAACAUGCUCUUUUAUUUUGUUGUUGAAAAGAAAUCCAAGAGGAAAGGGACAAUAAAAAUAUGUAGUGUAAAAACUUUCUAGUUUCUUUUUUUUUUAGUUCUCUUUGUUAUUUGUCGUAAUUAUUCUGCAGACGGAGGUUAAUUUUUUUCUUCCUCCCCUCAGCUUUCUAUCAAUCAGAUGGGACUUAGAAAUAUUUCUAGUACGUAUAUAGGAGUUGAUAAUUUUUUUUUCUUUGCAUGGAACCGAAAAGAACUUGCUCAAUUUGUUUGGUAGCUUGUAACGGUAACACAUUUAAUGAGCACUUAAUAUUAAGACUAGAUGAGUUUGAAUUUGAA